AUGAUAUUCAUGGGAGAUAACUCUGACGAAAGAAUAAAAGUUUUCCAUAUCAAACUUGCUCUGAGUGGGAGCCGACCUUUGUGCAAACCAAUCUCAGAACCCGACUAUCAAUAUGAAAGACCAAUUCACCCAAUCUCAGUACUCGACUACCAAUAUGAAAGACCAAUUCACCCAGUCUCAGUACUCGACUACCAAUAUGAAAGACCAAUUCCCCCAAUCUCAGUACUCGACUACCAAUAUGAAAGUCCAAUUCCCCCAAUCUCAGUACUCGACUACCAAUAUGAAAGACCAAUUCCCCCAAUCUCAGUACUCGACUAUCAAUAUGAAAGACCAAUUCCCCCAAUCUCAGUACUCGACUACCAAUAUGAAAGACCAAUUCCCCCAGUCUCAGGACUCGACUACCAAUAUGAAAGACCAAUUCCCCCAAUCUCAGGACUCGACUACCAGUAUGAAAGACCAAUUCCCCCAGUUUCAGUACUCGACUACCAAUAUGAAAAAACCAAUUCCCCAAUCUCAGGACUCGACUUCCAAUAUGAAAGACCAAUUCACCCAACUUCAGGACUCGACUACCAAUAUGAAAGACCAAUUCACCCAAUGUCAGGACUCGACUACCAAUAUGAAAGACCAAUUCACCCAAUGUCAGUACUUGACUACCAAUAUGAAAAACCAAUUCACCCAAUUACAAUACUUGACUACCAAUAUGAAAGACCAAUUCACCCAAUCUCAGAAUCCGACUACCAAAAUGAAAGACCAAUUCACCCAAUCUCAAUACUCGACUACCAAUAUGAAAGGCCAAUUCAGCCAAUCUCAAUACUCGACUACCAAUACGAAAGACCAAUUCACCCAAUCUCAAUACUCGACUACCAAUAUGCAAGACCAAUUCACCCAAUCUCAGAAUCCGACUACCAAAAUGAAAGACCAUUUCACCCAAUCUCAAUACUCGACUACCAAUAUGAAAGACCAAUUCACCCAAUCUCAGUACUCGACUACCAAUAUGAAAGACCAAUUCCCCCAAUCUCAGUACUCGACUACCAGUAUGAAAGACCAAUUCACCAAAUCUCAAUACUCGACUACCAAUAUGAAAGACCAAUUCACCCAAUCUCAGUACUCGACUACCAAUAUGAAAGACCAAUUCACCCAGUCUCAGUACUCGACUACCAAUAUGAAAGACCAAUUCCCCCAAUCUCAGUACUCGACUACCAAUAUGAAAGUCCAAUUCCCCCAAUCUCAGUACUCGACUACCAAUAUGAAAGACCAAUUCCCCCAAUCUCAGUACUCGACUAUCAAUAUGAAAGACCAAUUCCCCCAAUCUCAGUACUCGACUACCAAUAUGAAAGACCAAUUCCCCCAGUCUCAGGACUCGACUACCAAUAUGAAAGACCAAUUCCCCCAAUCUCAGGACUCGACUACCAGUAUGAAAUACCAAUUCCCCCAGUUUCAGUACUCGACUACCAAUAUGAAAAAACCAAUUCCCCCAAUCUCAGUACUCGACUACCAGUAUGA